GCCUUAAAAGCGACAUAAGAAUAAGUCACAGGAACAAGAAAAAGUAUUGCUGCAGGUUGUGACAUCGAUUUUUCGCUACCAGAACUGCCUUGCUUAAUAAAACCAUGAUAAUAUUACCAUUAAAAGACUAAUUAUAAGACUUUCUGUCGCUUUGUUGUCUGGACUGGCCAGUUCUCCGUGCCUGUGUUGUAAUGGCAGAGCGAGGAGCACAUUUCACGACAGCGGCUCCAGCUGAAGACAGACCCUCCGUGUUUGAGGUUUUAGCUCAGGACUCUUUGAUGAGUGCUGUUAAACCUGCUUUACUGCAUGCUGUGAAGAUCCUUGCUACGUCUAACCCUUCUCGCUAUGGAGUUCUUUGGAGGAGGUUUGAUGAGAUUUAUGCCGUCCUGGACAUGUUAUUGCAGCACCAUUUCCUUUCCCGCACCAGCGCCUCGUUUUCGGAGAAUUUUUACGGUCUGAAGCGUGUAGGAGAAGACGGCCCAGGUGCGGCUCAUCUGGGACUCCGGCGCAGACAGCACUGGCGCUCCUUGUUCCUUCUGGCCCUCCUUCCUUACCUACACACCAAACUGGAAAAAAUCCUUGCUCGACAGAGAGACGAGGACGAUUUCUCCAUCCGCUUGCCUCAGUCCUCCCUGCAGAAGUUGUACAGGGCUUUUUUGGCUGCGUACCCCUUUGUGUGCAUGGCUUGGGAUGGCUGGGUCUUUUGCCACCAGCUUUUGUAUGUUUUCGGCAAAACACGAACACAUUCUCCGCUUCUGUGGCUAGCAGGGGUUAAACUCUCAUAUCUCACGGCUAAUGACAUACGCUGUCUGGAUCUUAAGCCAUCAGACCCGGCACUGAGCCCCAGUCAAAGCUUUAGAGAGAAAUGUCAGCGCUUGGUCUCUACAGCGGUUGGCGGCGUGGCUGUGUCUCUGUCGACCAGCCUCUCGAUUGGAGUGUUUUUCCUGCAGUUCCUAGAGUGGUGGUAUUCAUCCGAGAACCAGAGCACCGUUAAGUCCUUGACCUCCCUCCCGACCCCUCCGCCGCCUCUCCACCUUCACAGCCAGGAGACGUCACACACACACAUCAAAGUCUGCCCGCUCUGCAGGAAAGUCCGCACCAAUGACACCGCCCUGGCCACUUCAGGCUACGUGUUUUGUUACAAGUGUAUAUAUGUGUAUGUCAAAGCUAAUCACAGGUGUCCCCUCACUGGGUACCCUUCGGGACUGCAGCACCUCAUUAAAAUAUACACACCUGAUGGAUAGACUCCUCAAGUCUGGUUCAUUUUGUUUACGAGAUGCAUUAUUAAUGUGGAUCUGCCUCUGCUUUAACAUAAUUAUGGCACAUUGUUCAGGUGAGCAACAGCUUUUGUGUUAAUUGUCAUCCUAAGGAAGACUAAAAUGAUUUUUUAAAAUUAGUUUUUGUGAUAUGUUUCAUUAAUUUGUAAAAUAAAUAUCAAAUCUGUACAGAUAUAUAUUGCCGACUCUUAUUUAAAGCUGCAGUGCUUUGUAACUAAUGGUAGAUCUUUUCUUUCAUAUUGUGACAUGCAUUCAAAUGUAACGGAUUGUUAUAUAGUUUUAUCCUAACAAACUGUAAGGAUGAAAAGAACCUCAGAUCUUUUGACCUCCUGAGAAACAGACAAUGCAAACAUAGAGGCAUCUUCAAGAUGGAGGUGCAGGAAACUACUUUCCUUUCGGUCCAUUUGUUUCUUUCUAUACCCCUCCACCCAUCUUCCCUUCUACUCAGCUUGCUCAAAAUGAUUACAAGAAAAUGCCAGUCACAAUGCAGCAUUUGAAUACAUUUUUUUGUAGGUCAAAACCAGGAAAUGAGUUUGCGCUUUACCGCUAGUGGUUUCGUUGUCUUGAAGUUAAUAGGUUUUUCCGAAAAGGUUUGCGGUACAUUUUCAGAAAUAAAGCCUGCGGUUUACACAA